AUGUUUCUAAAACUUCUCUUUAUUGGUAUUUUAACGCUUCCGCCCAAUGUUCAUAGUCUUUGUUAUUCGAAUUUAUCCCAAACAUGGAUAUGUGAUAGUUACUAUGCAUUAAAUACAACUACAGCACGUCGUAUCGAUUAUCAAAGUGUUUUACUUUAUGAAAAAUUUGAAAAUCUGUUUGUUAAAAAUGAUCAUUGGUCAAUAUUCAUAAUUGACCAAUACCCGUCGACACUUCAACUGUUAAAUGCAAGUAAUAAUAAAAUUCAAACAAUAAUUAUAACACCACAGAAUCGGUAUAGAUCGAAUCUUCGUCAAUUAAUAUUGGAAUCGAAUAAUAUUCGACAAUUCAACAGUGAUACAAUUAUUUUACCUCAAUCAUUAGAGAUAAUCUCAUUAGCAAACAAUCUUUUAGAAGUUCUUGAUGCUCGAAUUUUUUCUGAUUUGAAAAAAUUGAUUAAACUAGAUCUGAAAAAUAAUCAAUUAAAACGUGUGCUGCCCGAAUUAUUACUGAAUAUAAAGAUUGAUCUGAAUAAUAAUCCACUCAAUUGUCAAUGUACAACUGAAUUUUAUCGAAGAAUAUGCGAAAAAUCCACAAAUCUAAAGCAAUCUGCGAGUGAAAAUAAUAACUGUAUGGCACCUUACUAUGAUCCUCAAAAAGUUGAUAGUCAUCCAGCAUCUUAUUUACGCUUUUCUAAAUUCACUCUUACCUGUCCAAUUGGCGCUCAGCCACCACCAAUGAUAAUUUGGUCAACACCUUUCGGCAAUUUAACAUCAAUCAAUUCAUCAAGUAUUGAUUUAAUUUUAUUCAAUAAUGAUCAACCCUUCUAUAGGAAAUUGAAAACGUUUGCUGGCCCAUUCAGUGCUCGUACACGACAUAUAUUCUAUGCAUUUAAUACAAAUCAAUUAUCCGUUACACAGGCACGUGCCAGUCUACAACAUUAUCUUUCAUGUUCCGGUAUAAAUAUGCUUGGAGUGUAUACACAUACAUUUGAUUUUGAUAUUGAUACAUAUGCCGAGAAACAUGCGUUAUGGAUCAUUGCUUUUACAAUGAGUUUUGGACUUUUCAUGUCACUUAUUGGUGGUUUAAUUUGUAUAAUAUUAAAACGAACAUAUUAUUAUCGUAGUGAUCAUUUGAAAACACCACCAGUAUAUCCAACCAUGGCACCAAAUAGUGCUGAGCGUACGCCACCGAAUUUUGAACUUAAUCAAUGGUUAUCAUCAGCAGCCGCAAAUAUAACUGAAACACUCGAACAAGUACGAGAUAAACUUCGUUUAGGUGUACAACAAGCCGGUGGAACAAUUCGACAAGCAGCUGAGACUUCCGCUGCUUAUCUUCAAUCAAUUCGUGUACAAACAUUAUCAUCUUUACGUAAUUCUGGUCACUUUAUGCGUGUUGGUAUGAAUAUGUUAACGACACAGGUCAAUUCUUUACGCGAUUAUUGUGGUAUGACAACUGGUAACCUAAUUCCAACGAAUUAUUUAUUACAGCAACAACAAUUUCAUAAUUUACAACAAUCAAAUUCAUCAGUAUUAUAUAUACAUAAUAAUCAAAUGCCAAUCAUUAAUGAAGGUAGAGAAUCCAUGAUUGAAUUGGAAUCAUUAAUGCCUUUUCAAUAUCGUUCACCUUACGCUGGGUAUAUAGCAUCAACAGUACUAGCAAAUGAAUCCGGUAUUGGUCAACUUGAUACAGCUGCUAAUUCAGCUCUAACAACAUUAAAUAAUUUUAAUCAAGAUACAGUAACUAUAGUAUAUGAUGAGAAUUUAAGAAUGCAGGGACACAUGAUUGGCGGAAUAGGAACGUUUCAUAAUCGACGACUUGAUGAACUUAUUAAUGAAUCCAAAAUAUGA